CAUGCUAAGUGUGUAGACAGCAUUAACUCCUACACUUGUAAAUGCCCGCCAGGAUUUUCUGGAAGCAGGUGUGAAACAGAACAGCCUUCUGGAUUUAAUCUGGAUUUUGAGGUUUCUGGUAUAUAUGGCUAUGUCAUGCUUGAUAACCGUUUACCCACGCUGAAUGCCAUCACCUGUGCCUUUUGGAUGAGGUCAACAGAUGUCACAAAUUAUGGGACUCCAAUAUCAUAUGCCAUUGAAAAUGGCAGUGAUAAUGCAUUCCUACUCACAGAUUAUAACGGGUGGGUACUCUAUGUCAAUGGGAAGGAGAGAAUAACUGACUGCCCUUCAGUGAAUGAUGGUAGAUGGCAUCACAUUACAGUCACCUGGACAAAUAGUGAUGGGUCUUGGAAAGUUUACAUUGAUGGAAGACUAUCUGAUGGUGGAAAAGGACUAUCUGUUGGAAUGCACAUCCCUGGUGGGGGAGCAUUAGUCCUUGCACAAGAACAAGAUCAAAGAGGAGAAGGUUUUAACCCUGCAGAAUCUUUUGUGGGAUCACUCAGUCAGCUUAAUAUUUGGGAUUAUCCACUUUCACCAGAACAGGUGAAAUCUUUAGCUACAUCAUGUCCACAUGACCUUCAAAAAGGAAAUGUGUUGGCUUGGGCUGAUUUCCUGCCAGGCAUGGUUGGUAGAGUUAAAGUGGACCACAAGAGUAAAUUCUGCUCAGACUGCCCACCCUUGGAGGCAUCUUCACCACAUUUGCACACGUUGACCAGUGAUCUUAAGCCAGGUUCAAGGAUCAGUCUGUAUUGUGACCCAGGAUACCAGAUUGUAGGCAGUUCUGAACAACAGUGCCUGAAUCUAGGAGAAUGGGAUCAACCACAGCCAAGAUGUGAAAGGAUCAGCUGUGGAAAACCUCCUCAUUUGAGAAAUGGCAUUAACAGUGAUGAAGAUUUCUUUGCUGGAAGCACGGUGACCUAUCAGUGUAACAGUGGAUACUACCUCCUGGGAGACUCCCGGAUGUUUUGUACAGAUAAUGGAAGCUGGGUUGGCACUUCACCUAAA